GCCACUUGGACCUCCAACUCGAGCUGCAAGACGGCUAGCUCUGCCAGCGUUUGUACAGCCGUGGAUAGCAGCGUGUUCCGCAUAACGACCGAAGAACAACGUCGGCGCAUUUACAUAGGCCGUUCGGUUUCCCCGAGACUCCCAGUUCCGCCUCCGUCUUCACAGCGAAUCCUAUAUACCGCGCCGAUACCAUGCAAAAUAUCGCACCACCUAUGAGACAUAUUGGCCUCGUAGCACAGCCCGCAUAUCGAACUGCGGCCUUUGUUCCGUCGGCUACAGGCGUCUUGUCCACCCCGACUGCGGGAGUGCCCUUGCUCAGGCGGCAGACCCCGUCGAGUUCUGCCAGCAGCGCGGUACAGUCCGACCCUACUGCCAGUGAUGGCUCUGCUUCGGCAAGCGCUAGCGCAUCUGGGAGUACGGGCUCCGCGUCAAGUGUGUCCUCAGGUAGUGACUCCGGAACCGCAUCCAAUUCCGCUUCAGGGUCAAGCUCAUCGAGUAGCACCAGUAGCAGCACAACUUCCUCCACUUCUUCCUUUACAUCGUCCACCACAACCACUUCGUCAUCCACAUCAACGACCACCUCAUCGACCACGAGCACUUCCACUAGUACGACAACGUCUUCAAGUACAACCAGUACAACAACCUCAUCCUCAACAUCUUCGACGACCAGUCUCACCACAUCGUCCUCGACAUCUAUCACAACGGAUUCCACGUCCACAACCACGACCCCAUCUACAACCGUAUCAGGAAAGACGACAAUCACGUCAUCGUUUGUAACAACUGUCGAUGGAAAGGCAACCACAAUUUCUUCGUUGAUACCUACCACCCUACCGGAUAGCCCAAGUUCCUCAUCUUCAUCGCACACGCGCACAGUGGGCAUUGCUGUCGGCGCCGCUGUCGGGAUUGUCCUUUUGGUUACCCUCCUGCUCGCUGCCCUGUUCAGACACCGCCGGGGAAAGCUCAAGCAGCUCUGGUUCCUCGAUCGUCUUAAGCGACAUCGACGACGGCGUGAGCUCCUCGCCGGAGAGGACUUCGACGACGACGACCUUGACCUUCAACCUGGCUCGCGGUAUCACGACUAUCCGCCUUCCCGCGGCGUUGCCACACCUUCGCAUAUGCAUACGCCAUCGGAAAGCACUGCUUCGUUCAGGGGCCCCGCAAUGCGUAUUCCUGAUUCCCCUCCUUAUGCAAGCUACGCCGAUCCUUUCCGCGCAUCGCUACCCCAUACACCGAACCUUGCGGACACUAAUCCCUCAUAUGAACCGAGGCUGUUUCGUCCACGAGCAUCGGAGUCGGGAAGCAUAUUUCGCGAAUCUGUUUGGCCGCCUCCUGCCGAUUCUAGUCGGCUUGUCGAUCCUUUACUCGAGGGACCAAGCCAGGUACGAUUCAGUGGUAUCAUCGAGGAUGUGAUGGGCCCCCCAAAAGCGAACGAUGACGGUCACAAGGAAGCGUCGCAAUCCUCAUUCGCAGAUCACAACCGGAGCAACUCUUCUCUUCUAUCGUCCGAUACGCCCUCUACACCACCUCACAACCGCAGCGACUCGAUGACCGCCCUAUUUUCAGCACUCAGCCAAGAGCCGCCUGCUUUGUCUAGCAUGGACGUUACGACAGGGACCGCAAGAAGCGGGGUCCCGAAUACGACUCCCGUGCACUCAAGCCCGCUAGCUGAGAGGACACAUACUAGAACACCGUCAAACGAAGCCCGGCCUCAAUGGCUGGAUCGACAUCCACGCCACUCGAUGGAGCAUGAAGGCCCAGUUCCUACCCCGCACUUCUGAUCACAUUGUCUAUGUUGGAUUCUCUGUAAUGCAUGGCAAUCUGCCUGAUUGACCAGGACAAUGGAUUAAUACCUGCUAAGAUACGUACUUUACGGGAUUUGCUUGUAUAGCGGCCGACAGUCACAGGACUCGCAUAAUGCUAUCAUCAAC